AUGGUCUAUUUUUCAUUUAUCCGACCUCUGGAAAGCAUUGUUGGCUACGAAGUUGCUGAUCGCGUUGAGGACGCUGCGUCCGAUUUCCGGGAUAACGUGGGCUUUGAGAUUGUCUUCCGCCAGAUAUUAGAGGAUGAAGGCCUUGUAUUACCCGAAAUAUGGGAUGAGGCUCGGAGAAGAGGGCUGAUUAGGUCCAGCCCUGGCAUUGUCAAAUCAACGUUCCAGGCAGCAGGGUGGUUUUGCGGGAUUCUCACGGUCAAAGCUGUCUAUUUGUCGGCCCAGAAAAUACCCUUCUCCAAGUACGGGAAACGCAGGAGGGAGGAGAAAGUACGACAGAAGGCAUUCAGAGAAUUAUUCAUCAAGCCACCUGCAGAACAGCCGGUCAGCUUGGCAAUACCGUCGACUUCGUCGGCUGGAACAGGCGGCUUCUUUCGCCUCCCGCCCGAAUUACGAAUCAAAAUCCUAGUUUAUGCGUUUGGCCAGCGAACAUUACACAUGAGCCUGGAGUACCAGCACCCUUUAUAUGUUCCCCAUGAAAGAAGGCAGGGGUAUGCCACACACGCUGGGAUCGAGAAGCUGGCCGGGUUUGAGGAAUCGCAUCUUCGAACAGAUAUCCCGAAGAAAUGGAUCUGGUUUGGGUGCGUGUGUCAUCGAUUCCGGCCUGUUGCUGAUGGAAACAUACCUUUAUCAUUCGGGAGAGUUGGUCUAGGGGCUGAAGAUAUUGACAGUGAAUAUAUCCUUAGCGCCAGAUACGAAGAGCUCUGGCGGGGUGAUCUGGACCUUGGGCACGAUCUUUGCCUCGAGGGAUUCGGAUAUUGCGACAAGUGGGAUGGGAGUUGGCCUGAAAAGUGCCAUAUUGGAAUUAUGGGCUGGCUUUUAACCUGCAAGCAAGCAAGGACUCCAUGUGCUUUAUAG